AUGAGGCCCGAGCGCCCCCGGCCCCGCUGCAGCGCCCCCGGCCCGAUGGAGGCUCCGCCGUGGGACCCUCUCCGCAACGACUCGCUGCCGCCCACGCUGACCCCGGCCGUGCCCCCCUACGUGAAGCUCGGCCUCACCAUCGUCUACACCGUGUUCUACUCGCUGCUCUUCGUGUUCAUCUACGUCCAGCUCUGGCUGGUGCUGCGCUACCGCCACAAGCGGCUUAGCUACCAGAGCGUCUUCCUCUUCCUCUGCCUCUUCUGGGCCUCCCUGCGGACGGUCCUCUUCUCCUUCUACUUCAAAGAUUUCGUGGCGGCCAAUGCGCUCAGCCCCUUCGUCUUCUGGCUGCUCUACUGUUUUCCCGUGUGCCUGCAGUUCUUCACCCUCACGCUGAUGAACUUGUAUUUCACGCAGGUGAUUUUCAAAGCCAAGUCAAAAUAUUCUCCAGAAUUACUCAAAUACCGGUUACCCCUCUACCUGGCCUCACUCUUCAUCAGCCUCGUUUUCCUGUUGGUGAAUUUAACCUGUGCGGUGUUGGUGAAGACGGGAAACUGGGAGAGGAAGGUCAUUGUCUCCGUGCGUGUGGCCAUUAAUGACACUCUCUUUGUGCUGUGUGCCGUCUCGCUCUCCAUCUGUCUCUACAAAAUCUCGAAGAUGUCCUUAGCCAACAUUUACUUGGAGUCUAAGGGCUCCUCCGUGUGUCAAGUGACCGCCAUCGGAGUGACCGUCAUCCUCCUCUACGCCUCCCGGGCCUGCUACAACCUGUUCAUCCUCUCGUUUUCUCAGAGCAAGAACGUCCAUUCCUUUGAUUACGACUGGUACAAUGUAUCAGACCAGGCGGAUCUGAAAAACCAGCUGGGGGAUGCCGGAUAUGUGGUGUUUGGAGUGGUUCUUUUCGUGUGGGAGCUCUUACCCACCACCUUGGUCGUCUACUUCUUCCGAGUUAGAAACCCUACAAAGGACCUUACGAACCCUGGGAUGGUCCCCAGCCACGGAUUCAGCCCCAGAUCUUACUUCUUUGACAACCCUCGAAGAUACGAUAGUGAUGAUGACCUUGCCUGGAACAUCGCCCCUCAGGGACUUCAGGGAAGUUUUGCUCCAGACUACUAUGACUGGGGACAGCAAACAAACAGCUUCCUGGCACAGGUGGGAACUUUCCAACCAGACUCCAUGUUGGAUCCUGACAAGCCAAGCCAGGGGCAGCAUCAGUAAAAAAUUUUAUGGAAGAUUCCUCAAGGGAGAGGCUUCAGAGAGACUAACUCAAUGACAGCUGAAUUUUUAAUAAGGCACUUUUCCUUAAGAAAUAGGACUUGAUUUUUAUUUGUUACAGGUUUCUAAUGGCUCCAUAGGACUAAGCAAUAAUUUAGAUAAAAACCUUAUUUUAGUACUAAAAAGUGAGCCUGGCCACCUAUUUCAGUGGGUAUAAUUUAAACUUUAAAAAAAUUCUGUACUUUUAUAAAGAUGUAUUUUAUAUAACUUAAUAAUGCUAAAAUAUAUACUAGGAUUUUUUGAGAAUGUUAUUGCAAUAUAUGUUUGUAGUUUGCACAGACUUUUAUGCAUAAUUCACUUUAAAAGCAUACAGUACAUGGUCUGAUGGUUGUUUAAGGCUUUUGGACUAAAGUGUUCUUUAGGUCCUCACCUCUUCGGGUCAUGCAGAUCCGAAGCUUCUGAAUCAACUCGAAAUACAGUUGACAUCUCGGAAAGCCAGUUGCAACUCCAGUGUUAAAAGUUACGAUGUAGGAGAAUGUCCAGGACUUGUACCAGGUAAUUGGCCCCUUCCUCUGAGUUCUUUAAGGGCCAGGCAGUUGUACCCUCAACUAAUCUCCUAAAUUUUGCCAAAAAGGUGGUAUCCUUUCAACAGGGCACUAAUGCAUACGCUUCGGUGAUGAGUCGGUGUGUUAAAAACCGAGUGGAUGGGGCGCCUGGGUGGCGCAGUCGGUUAAGCGUCCGACUUCAGCCAGGUCACGAUCUCGCGGUCCGUGAGUUCGAGCCCCGUGUCAGGCUCUGGGCCAAUGGCUCAGAGCCUGGAGCCUGUUUCCGAUUCUGUGUCUCCCUCUCUCUCUGCCCCUCCCCCAUUCAUGCUCUCUCUCUGUCCCAAAAAUAAAUUAAAAAAAAAAAAA